GCUAGCUUACAAACAAACAACAACUUCACCCCCUUCUCCCUCACUCCACUCUUGUUUACUGUCACAUUGAGGCGAUGGUUAGUGUGCCAAUUGAUAAUUGGUGGUGGGCAGUCGCCCUCCCUCCACUGCUGAGCUCUCAGCAUGCAGGCCUCCUCUUCUUCUCUUUUCUUUUGGCCUUCCUCCUGAGCGCCUUCUUAGCCUGGUCUUACAGAGGCGGCCCUGCUUGGGGGAAGUACUGGAUGGGACGACCAAACAGAAACGGCAUCCCCGGUCCCAGGGGACUGCCGGUGUUGGGAAGCAUAGGCCUCAUGCGGGGUCUCGCUCACCGGAAGCUCGCCGCCGCCGCUGAGCUCGGCGCCACCAGGCUUAUGGCCUUCAGCAUGGGGUCCACUCGCGCGAUCGUCACGUGUCACGCCGACGUUGCUAAGGAGAUUCUUCAAGGCUCGGCCUUCGCGGACCGCCCGGUCAAGGAGUCGGCCCACGGCCUCAUGUUCGACCGCGCCAUUGGGUUCGCUCCUUAUGGCGCCUACUGGCGCGGCCUCCGCCGCAUCGCGGCCGGACACCUCUUCUGCCCCCGCCAGAUCGACGCCUCCGAGAGCGUCCGCCUGGAGAUCGCCGGCCGCAUGUGCGGCCGCAUAGCUGAUCGGUCUGGGACGCGGUUUUUCGUUCGUGAUAUCCUGAGGAGGGCGUCGCUGGACAACGUCAUGGCUUGCGUUUUCGGGCGGGACUACAAGCUCGACGAAUUGGACUCAGAAGCAACGGAGUUGAGGGAGAUGGUGCAGGAGGGAUACGACAUACUGGGCAAGCUCGACCUCGCCGACCACCUCCCUUUCCUGGCAUUUUUUGACUUCCAAAACAUACGGCAACGGUGCUCUCGUCUUGCUCCAAAGGUGCACCGACUCGUCGGAAAAAUCAUCGAAGAGCACCGUUCAGUUGCCGGCGCAAAGAGAAGAACCGAUUUUGUGGAUGUUCUGCUGUCACUCACCGGCAAAGAUAAAUUAUCUGAUUCCGAUAUGGUUGCGGUCCUUUGGGAAAUGAUUUUCCGAGGUACGGAUACGGUGGCGGUGCUGAUUGAGUGGAUACUGGCGCGGCUGGUUAUGCACGGGGAGGUGCAGGCGAAGGUGCAGGAGGAGCUGGACAGGGUGGUGGGGGGGAGGGAGAGGCCGGUGAGGGAGGCGGACGUGGCCGGGCUCCGCUACUUGCCGGCGGUGGUGAAGGAGGUGCUGAGGUUGCACCCGCCUGGCCCACUCCUCUCGUGGGCCCGCCUCGCCACGGAGGAUGCGGUCGUGGACGGGUGGCACGUGCCCGCGGGUACCACGGCCAUGGUGAACAUGUGGGCCAUCGCUCGGGACCCAGACGUCUGGCCCGACCCCCUCAGGUUCUCUCCAGAGCGCUUCCUCGCCUCCGGCGCUCAACCGGAGUUCAGCGUCCUCGGAUCCGACCUCCGGCUGGCGCCAUUCGGUUCGGGCCGGAGGAGCUGCCCGGGGAAGGCGCUAGGCCUGGCGACGGUCCAGGUCUGGCUCGCGGCUCUGCUCCACGAGUUCACCUGGUUGCCGGCAGGCUCUAGCCCGGUGGACCUAUCGGAGGUGUUGAGGCUCUCGUGCGAGAUGGCGUCGCCGCUCGCCGUCAAAGUGGUGCCCCGCAGGAAGUAGUUCUCUUAUCUCCGACGCCCACUUGCUUCGCAAAGGGUGGUGCUGAGUUUGAAUGUGUAUAUGCUUAGAGUAUGAGCUUUUGGAUCGCCUUCUCUUUUCCUUUUUCUCCGGGUUUCUUGCUUGCCCUGAGUUUUUGUACGAGCCUUUUUUUUUUCCGGUAGUUAUAGAAAUAGCGUUUAUGCUUCUUAGUUAAAGCUUGUAGUGAAUUACUGAAUGUUUUUCUUAAACAACAGUUAGCAAUCGAGCCACUUCAGAAUUA